CUCCUCCUCUCUCUUCUUCACCUUUUUGAUUAGAUCGAAACAAAAAUGUCCUCGGCGCCGUCUCCGGGGACUACUCCGUCACCAUCUCCACCGUCUCCUCCCACAAACUCCACCACAACCACUCCUCCUCCAGCUUCCUCUCCUCCCCCCACCACCACUCCUUCCUCUCCUCCGCCGCCAUCUACUAAUUCAACAUCUCCUCCUCCGUCUUCUCCAUUGCCUCCUUCUCUUCCUCCUCCGUCUCCAACUCCUCCUGGAUCUUCAACUUCUCCUCCUCAGCCGUCUCCUUCAACACCAGACUCCCCAUCUCCGCCGUCUCCCACCACUCCAACUCCUCCUGGAUCCACCACUCGUAGCCCUCCAUCUCCAACCUCGGGACCACCGUCGAAUCCCUCGAGCGGAGGCGGAGGAGGAGGAGGAGGAGGAUCUCCUCGAACUCCAUCAACCUCUUCGCCGCCGUCUUCCUCUUCCGGCGGAUUAUCGACAGGAGUUGUGGUCGGAAUCGCCAUCGGAGGAGUCGCUGUGCUUGUUGUACUGACUCUGAUUUGUCUUCUUUGUAAGAAGAAACGACGAAGAGACGAUGACGAAGCUGCUUACUAUGCUCCCCCUCCACCUCCUCCUGGUCACAAAGCCGGAGGACCUUACGGUGGACAACAACAAUACUGGCAGCAACCAAACGCAUCACGACCGUCAGAUCACGUUGUGACGUCACUUCCUCCACCACCAAAGCCUCCCUCUCCACCGCCUCCGCCGCCUCCACCACCGCCUUUCAUGAGCAGCAGCGGCGGUUCCGAUUACUCUGAUCUACCAGUUCUUCCUCCACCGUCUCCAGGGCUUGUGUUGGGCUUCUCCAAAAGCACUUUCACUUACGAGGAGCUAGCUAGAGCCACCAAUGGCUUCUCUGAGGCCAAUUUGUUAGGACAAGGAGGGUUCGGUUACGUGCACAAGGGCAUAUUGCCUAGUGGGAAAGAAGUCGCUGUGAAACAGUUGAAAGCUGGGAGUGGUCAGGGAGAGAGAGAGUUUCAGGCAGAGGUUGAGAUCAUUAGCAGAGUUCAUCACAAGCAUUUGGUGUCUCUUGUCGGAUAUUGCAUCGCCGGUGUUCAAAGAUUGCUUGUUUAUGAGUUUGUUCCUAACAACAAUCUCGAGUUUCACCUUCAUGGGAAAGGGCGGCCUACAAUGGAAUGGAGCACAAGAUUGAAGAUUGCUCUUGGAUCUGCUAAAGGACUUUCAUAUCUUCAUGAAGACUGCAAUCCGAAAAUCAUUCACCGUGAUAUCAAGGCGGCAAAUAUACUGAUGGAUUUCAAGUUUGAAGCUAAGGUGGCUGAUUUUGGUCUUGCCAAGAUUGCUUCUGAUACCAACACUCAUGUAUCUACACGCGUGAUGGGAACCUUUGGGUAUUUGGCUCCUGAAUACGCUGCAAGUGGAAAGCUCACCGAGAAAUCUGACGUUUUCUCAUUUGGUGUUGUGCUUUUGGAGCUAAUAACCGGACGUCGUCCUGUGGAUGCAAACAAUGUCUAUGUUGAUGACAGCUUAGUUGACUGGGCACGACCGUUGCUUAACCGAGCAUCUGAGGAAGGAGACUUUGAGGGUUUGGCUGAUACAAAGAUGAAGAAUGAGUAUGACAGAGAGGAGAUGGCUCGCAUGGUUGCUUGUGCUGCGGCUUGUGUUCGUCAUUCAGCUCGUCGCAGACCUCGCAUGAGCCAGAUUGUACGUGCGUUAGAAGGAAACGUAUCGCUGUCAGAUUUGAACGAAGGGAUGAGACCGGGUCAGAGCAAUGUAUACAGCUCAUAUGGAGGAAGCACUGAUUAUGACUCGAGCCAAUACAAUGAGGACAUGAAGAAGUUUAGAAAAAUGGCACUUGGGACUCAAGGGUACAACACGACCGGCGAGUACAGUAACCCAACCAGUGACUAUGGACUGUACCCGUCCGGUUCGAGCAGCGAGGGCCAAACCACACGUGAAAUGGAGAUGGGGAAGAUUAAAAGACCCGGUCAAGGUUAUGGUGGACCUUCUCUUUAGAUCAUAGAGGGGAGGAAAUGCAGAUUUUUUCUUUUUGAUUCUUUUUUUUUUUUAACUGUAAAGAUUUGAGGAAAUUGCCUUACUCUAAUUGAAACAACUACGAUAUAAAGUAUGAUGCAUUUAAAGAUUGUUGCUUUGGUUUCUUCUUUA